CGCUCGUCUCUUCUCCGUCUUCACUACUCGCUCGUUUGGCGCAGCAUCGAUAAUACUCCACGCAUUUUCCCUACGUUUUUUUUUUUUUUUUUUUUUUUGUAAUAUUCUUAUUUAACUAUAGGUGGCUUAUUAUCAAAGUUUUAAUGUCCCGUCGCGACAGACGCUUAACAAAAUGGAGCUAUCAAACAAACUCCGUUGGAAUCAAUUCCUGAUUUUGGCAACAGCACUUAUGUCACCUGCGUUAACGGUGCUAUGUAAUGAUAUCCUUAGCCUGAAGGUGGCAGGAGAUCCAGUUCUAACCCCUCACUCUGUGUGCCUGAGACUGGUAGGCCUCAGCAAACGUCAGAUGCGGAUGUGUAUGCGUAGUCCCGACGUGACGGCAUCCGCCCUGCAGGGCAUCCAGGUGGCCAUCCACGAGUGCCAGCACCAGCUGCGCGACCAGCGAUGGAACUGCUCCUCGCUGGAAAGCUUCGGGAAGCUGCCUCACCACAGCACCAUCCUCAGCAGGGGUUUUCGUGAGAGUGCCUUCUCCCUGGCCUUGCUGGCAGCGGGUGUGGCUCACUCUGUGGCCUCUGCCUGCAGCAUGGGUAAGCUGCGGGGGUGCAGCUGUGAGGCCAAACGUCGCCAGGACGAUGACAAGAUCCGGCUGAAACUCACACAGCUGCAGCUGCAAACUCUGCAGAAGGGCGGGGUAGGCAUCGGCAUGACCAAAUCAUUACCCUCAGAUCUAAAUGGGCACCAUGGGAGCCUACCGCCCGACCUGCACUCUGCCCACACGUCUGCCAUGCUCAAGCCUUUAUCAGAUGACUCAAGCUCUAUGCAGGACACCUGGAUGUGGGGGGGCUGCAGUCAUGACUUGCGGUUUGGGGACCGUUUUUCAAGAGACUGGCUUGAUUCCCGUGGUUCUCCAAGGGACAUCUAUGCGCGCAUGAGGAUACAUAACAACCGCGUAGGGCGACAGAUAGUGACUGACAACAUGACAAGGAAGUGCAAAUGUCACGGCACAUCAGGGAGCUGUCAGUUCAAGACCUGCUGGUAUGUUUCUCCAGAGUUCCGCGUUGUUGGAUCUCUGCUCAAGGAAAAGUUCUUGUCGGCCAUCUUCGUCAACUCCCAGAACAAAAACAAUGGCGUUUUCAACCCUCGAACAGAGAACAGUGCCCGCAGAAGCACUGGGGGGUUCAGCGGAGGGCGCCGUAGAAGCAUGUCCAGGGAGCUGGUGUAUUUUGAGAAGUCGCCUGAUUUCUGCGAGCGCGAUAUGUCGAUAGAUUCUCCAGGUACGCAGGGACGCAUCUGCAACAAAACGAGCUACGGCACAGACAGCUGCAGCUCGCUGUGCUGCGGCCGCGGGCACAACAUCCUACGGCAGACUCGCAGCGAGCGUUGCAAUUGUCGAUUUCACUGGUGCUGCUACGUUCUGUGCGAGGAGUGUCGCCUCACAGAGUGGGUGAAUGUGUGCAAGUAGAUCCAGCUUUUUGUUUUGCCCUUUGUGCAACUAUUCUUGAGAAUCUGUUUAUCCCCCUCGUUUUGUGUGUGUUUUUUUAAGUCCAUCAUCUGGGAUCUAUUUUCUCUGCAUAGCUGCUGUGAUCCCAAAAUGCCAAGUCAGAGAUUGAAGAGGUGACUCAUGUCAUUUGUCUUGCCAUGGCCUGUUUAGACGCUACCCUCUCAGCCAUGAAGAGGGCCCACACUCCAAUGUUUCUACCCCACAGAAAACUGGAGAAACAGCAGAAGAGCGCUAAAGUUUCGGUCUUUGCUUUCUUAUUCAUCUUGUUGUACAGUAGCUGUGUAUUUUAUUGUGCGAGUGUAUAUUUGUAAAUGCAUGAUUUGUUAAUAUGAUUAUUGUUUCAGAGUGUUUAAUGUUGGUUUUAGUGAAUGACAGAAAGGGAACUGCCAACAUUAUCUGAAAGAUGAAUAUAAGGUUUCAGGAUCUUAACGUCUUAUAAUCUCUUCAGUAUAUACUAAUCAUGGAUAGUUUUGAUUCCACAACUCACACAGUGCUACAUAAAAUAAAAUAAAAUUUAGUUAGCCCUUAUUUUUAUCUUUCCAGAUUAAAAGAAAUCUCAUCCACAAUUCCAAUACAGUGUAAAUUAUAUUACGGUUCAAAAACAGUCUCAUUAUUUUAAAAUCAGGGAUUAGGGACAAACUCUUGACCCUUCCAUUGAGUGAUCAGCAUCAUAUAAAAAGUCACAAGAAGAUAUUCAUUAUCAUAUUCUAUGGUGUAUUUUAAUACACCAUAGAAUUAACCGUUAAUCUAAAUAUCAGUCACACAAAGCAAACAUAAAAACAAAGUUACUAAAAUAGCUUUUUGUCAAACAGCACAAGAGUUUUGCUUAUUCCCUCACUGCCAUAUUUCAGGUGGGCUGAUAGGGAAAUUGCUUUGGUUUUAGCUGGGAUGUCACUCUGAAACUGUCAUGCUGGCUGCUUUGCCCCAGGUUAUUGGAUGCCUUGGUGCUUGAACACACAUCCAAGGUGACUGGAGGGAAAGAAGAAAAUAUACAGAGAAAUGUUGCACAGCUUGCCAUGCUAACUAAAAUAUUUGGCACAACUGGAUCUGUAAUGAGUGAUGACUCCGCUCUGACUCGGUCGAGCAAGUCUUCCUUCUUUAUUUCUGUCCAAGUCUGAACAUCCUGCAGUUCACUGGGAGCUCAAACUUCCAGGGUAGGAGACAUCACAAGGGACAGAUUGACCAAUCAGAUGUGCACCUGGGAUAGUAUGAGAACUGCAGUCAGUUAAAAAGUUGAUUAAUUCUGUUUUUAUAAAACCUGACAAAAUGUCAACAAGUGUUAGAGUGUUUACAUAAGGAACAGGUGUCAACAAGUGCUAUCUUGUUCACAAAAUAUCAACAAUCACUUCAGCUAUAACCCACAACUGAGUCUGUUUUCAGCUUACUAUUUUUCUAAAACAUGUCAACAUUACAUUGAAUAAAAAAAAUCUUCAGGUAAGGUUUUAUUCCUUAGUUACAAUCAAAAUUUGUGACUAACCUUGCAUUAUUUCAAACAUUCUUGGGCGUUCUAACUUAAGGAAUAAAAUUAUCAAUUUUAAAUAACCUUUUUUCCAGUCUAACUUACAUGGAACCUUACCAGGACUGUUUGGCAUUUAAAUUAUCAUAUCAAACCAUUAAUAUCAUUGAAAUCAUCACAGUUUGGAGACUGCAGGAGAUCAACUGCGAGAAUGUGUUUGCUUAGACCACAUUUAUGGUCCAACAAGGGCAUCCGAUGGAACUGGAGAAAAGCAGCUCUUUCAGGUGAAAGGUCAAAUUUAAGGUGUCCAUGUGCAGUACAUCAGUUUUACCAAAUUAAUUUAAAUUCAUUAUAAUUAAAAUUGAAAUUAGUCAAAUGAGUUGUUCCAUGCCAAUGGGGUGUUUGUUUUGGACGCUCUCCAGAAACAACAUAAGAUGUUUAAAUAUCUUUCGUAGAGUCAAGCAAAAUUGUUGGAAAAAUUACUGCUGUGUGUUUCAGAAAGUUUGCCUGUUGUCUCGUCAGCCAACAAAAUUUGCGCACAAAAAUCUUAAAUGUUUUAAUUUAAAUGGGGUUUUUUUGUUUUGUUUUUUGGUAAAUGUCAGAUGCAUAUCAUUACAUAUGGUUCUGGGUUUCUUUGUGACCUCCCGGAUGAGUCAUUCAUAGGUUUUUUGUUGGUUAGCCCCUCCUAGGAAGGUUCACCACUGUUCCAUGAUUUCUCAAUUUGUGGAUAAUGGCUCUCACUGUGAUUCAUUAGAAUGGCAAAUUUUUAGCAAGGAAUAUGUAACCCUUUUAAAACUGAUCAAUACCAAUAACUCUACUUUUUACCUGUGGUUUAAUGUCUUUAGAUAUUUGUUUUUUAUAUCUUUUUGCUUGCUUCGUGUUGUCAGACAGGUACUGUUUAAGUGAUUUCUUGAUUAUACAGGUCUGGUAAUAAUCAGACCUAGCUUGGCUAGUGAAACUGAGCUGAGCUUUCCUUCAAAUGUGGUUUAAUCCGAGUAAAUUCAUGAUGUAACAAUGGUGGCGAACCUGCAUUUUGCACUGGAUUUACUCUGAUUAUCUGUCUGGUAGUAGUUUUUGAUCAUCAGAAACAAUUGUAUAGGGGGAAAACAUUUUUACAGCACUGUGUAAAUGUUUUCCCAAUAUGUUUGCACUUCCAAAAAAUCGAUAUAUAGGAGUCGAUACGUCGGUUUAAAAAAGCAAUUAAUGUUAAUUCUGAUUAAUAUGAUACAAAUAUGUCUUCAUUUGGUAUAUCUACAAUGUGAUGUGUGUCGGCUUUCUUUUAUAUUAUACUAUAAUCCUGGUUUCUCUGUUUCACUUGUUUAAGGGCUCUUUAGAUUCUUCCCACAUGUACCACAUGUCAAAGUGAGAGAUGGACCUACUUUAGUCCUGAAGUGAUGCUCAGGGUUGUGUGUGUUGGCCUGAGCGCGUGCAUGUCUGUGUUUAAUACUGUGUAAAUGUGGGGAUAAGCUUGAUGCACUACAGAUUUGGGAGGUGAGAGGCUUUUUUAUGGCCACUCCACGCUGAGAGAAGGACAUUUUAUAGCCGCAGGAUAUUGUUUCCCUAAAAGUAUGACUUUUAUUACUGGAGAGCCGCAUCGAGAUGGAGCAGAGAGUUGGUGGUGAUUAUACCAGUCUUUUGCUGCGUGAGGAUCUGAGGGGAUCAUCUGUCCAGAGUUCAUAGCCAAGGAUGUAACUUGUUGAACCACUCGCUGCCCGGGACGCUCCACGGCUGUUGCUGAGGGGACAGACGAGCGAAAAAUAUAAACACGCCUAUAGAAAUGGACGCAUCUAUGCGGAAAGACGUGUGUAUGUCGAAGCACAUACACACAGCACAAUCAAAACCAUGCACGCGUGCAUGAACUGUGGAUGUAGCAAAAUGCUAAUGUCGCCACAGGACUUGAUUUAUGAUGACUGCAUUCCUGGAUAUCUUAGAUAAUCCAAACUGUCUUUGUGCUCAGCCUGCUGGGAAAAGCCUUUCUGCCACAUAGGAUUUAAUGCCAAUUAAGUUUUGUUUGUAGGGACUUUGGUAAAUAUCCCAAGACUCCAGAGGAAUGACAGUGCCAGUGGCUGAGUUGACUGCUCUCCCCCUUUUAUAUCUUUUUUUUUCUGAGGGAGUUGUGGAGGGGUUACGCAGGGAAGGUAUAAGCAGGAGACUGCAAAUGGCUUGGAAUGAUAAAGGCCUGGAUUUCUGGUUUGCAUUUCUUCAUUCCUUUAUCAUUUCACCCUGGAGCUGCUGCAUAAGGGAAUUUCCUGUCACUGUUUCUCCCAUGUGUGAGACAGAGGUUGGGUGGACUUUUUCUUUCUUCCCAUUCUCCCCCUCGUCGUUGCAGAGACACAUGCAUAGCAACACAUAGACUGCCCCUAUAACCACCCCCCCUUGAGUAAUGACAUCCAGAUUGGGCUGAAAUUAAAGAGAGGCAGGCAAGGCGAGGAAGUCAGGAGAGAUAAAAGUCACCCGCCUUGACUGACACGAUGAUUAUAUGUAUAAAGUAAGGCGAUUUAGAGUGUUUAGUUGGAUAUGAAGAUGUGGGGGGAAUAGGUCUUCUUGCCCUUCAUGCAGUGGUGAUGCAGCAGCAGUGGACAAACAGAGUUACUGAGAUGGGGUGAAUGAACUGUACCGUGUAUAAAAAUGUUCCUCAAAACAUCUGCUUCUAAACUCCCCUUGCAUUUUUUGAUGUGGGACAGGCAGAGAAGGAGAGCGGGAGAGAAAACACAAGGAGCCAGCUACCCAGAACAUCAAAGCCCCUGCCCUCAACGUACAGGCCCUCAUUAGUUCAGCUAGCAGAACCAGCGACUCUUGUGAUUGUAUUUGCUUGGGGUGCGUUCUGGCAGACACAUCAGAGGAAAGGCUUCUUUAAGUCAUAACUCCCCACCCUACCUCUCCCGCCGCCACCCGAGCCCGCCGUAACCCCCCUGUAACCCUCGCCGAGCUCCAAAACCGGGCCUGCUCCCCCACCAUCCACUCCACCCCGUAAUCUGGUGUGCAGCUGCAAACAUCUGCUCCCCUUUUGAUUCCCCAGCCUUCGCCGCUGAAUUGAUAAACACAUCUUUUACCGGACCGCUGACUGACACACAACACAGCGGAAGAAGAGAGGCAAAUGUUGGAUUCACCCACAACUGCCGAGCUGGUUUCAGGUUGUGUCAUUUAAUCACACUGCUUUAGUUCUGGUGGAUAAACAAGCAUCCGGCACAUGAUAAAAUACCAAAACAAUGACUGAAGUAGAUUAAACCAAAACGGAUAUAAAUUCACUUUGUUCUGUUGCCUCUUGUGUCACUUUUAUUAUCUGUGACACAAGAGUGGCUUCUGCCAGGAAGUAUCACUUGGCAUCCAAUUACAGUCAGGCAAUGACUUAUUCAUAAAGAUGAUUCCUGUGUUAAUUAUUUAAGCAUGCUUGCCAGGAGACUUUAUGUUACUUAGGAUUCAUUGUCUGGGCUUCUGUAAUAAGACGAAAAAAACCCAACAUAUUUUCACAUCGAGGAUGGUGUGUUAGUGAUAUGCUGACGAUAAGUUUUUUUCUUCUGAAAUGAGGAAAGACUAAUAACCAUUUUGCCAUUUGUUUUAUUGAUCCAAACAGUCUUUAUUUUAUGAGUUUGAGAAAUUUUCUGUCUUUGCCGUAGAAGCUGAAUAAACACUUAAAAUUAGUCUUCAAAAUGUUACAGAUCGGUGAAAAUAAAUAUUUAUGUAAGAUAUUUUUUCCCACCCAUCUAUCCUUCCAUGUGUAAUAUUUAUACAAGCAUUGCAUAAUUGGACUAUUAUUGAAGUACUGUGACAUCUCCAUAAAUUAAAUCAAUGAAAAAGUGACCUUCAUAAAUCAUGUUAAUUAAUUACACACACACUGAUGUAUUUCAAGUGUUUUUCAUUAAUUAGCGGCAAAGCAAGCAGCUAAUUAAAAGUAAACUUAGUUGUUUUUCUGUCUUCUUCUUGCACUGAUGCAGUACUUUAUGUAAAAGGGUACAUUACUAAAAAUUUGUGAUAAAAUGUCUCCAAUAUUUAAAAGAAAUAAUCACUGGAAAUGUAUAACUCUCUGGAAAAAAAAACAAAAACAGAAGCCAAAUAUAAGUUUCACAUUUUAAAAUGAAUUCCCGAAACAGACUUUUAAAGGAUUUUCUGUUUUUCUGGAAUGUUCCAAUAAUGUAUAAAUCAAAUGAUAACCUUGUAAUAUUGACGGUUGUACUGAUUUUUAAAAAAAUAAAUUUGACAAAAGACACGCUA